UGAUUCAACUUUUUUUUUUGUGCUACAAAAGUCGCGGAUUCCUCUCUCCAUGCAUCAAAUAGUCCAGCUAAAUCUGCAAAGCCAUCCAACAAAAAUCUUCCAAACCAACCAGUGACAAAUUAAUUAAUUCCAUGGCAGACUGUACCUCUUCAUGGUUCUUUGAUGAUGAGAACAAUACUACUGACAUAUUAUCAGAUGGCGAGUGUGCAGAGCAACUGCAACUCCAAGAGGUUGUUGAAGCCUCUUUAGGAAUCAACCAUCUUAGCAUGUCAUCAGCCAAAGUACUUUUAUGUGAUAUUUGCUUUGAGAGAAAAGGAACAGAUGAAAUGUUCAAACUAGAGAACUGCUCUAAUCACUCUUUCUGUUCUGACUGCAUAAGCCAGUAUGUCCAGUCCAAGAUACAAGAAAAAAAAAUUCCUGUAACUUGUCCAGGUUUGAGAUGUCCUGCCAUAAUUGAACCUGCCCCUUGUAGGUCCAUCAUACCUGAAAAUGUUUUCGCAAGGUGGGAAGAUGGCUUAACCGAGUCAACUAUUCCUAUGGGUGAAAAAAUUAAUUAUCCUUAUAUAGAUUGUAAUGUUUCGCUCAUUUAUAAUCGUGAUGAUCAUGAAGAGAUCAUAAUCGAGUGUACAUGUCCUCACUGCCAAAGACCAUUCUGUGCGCAGUGUCGUGUUCCAUGGCACGAUGGGCAUGAUUGUGACAAGUUUAAAAAAGAUGAUUUAAAGGUUGAGGAGCUUGCUAAGAAGUUCAAAUGGAUGACAUGCCCUCACUGCAAAUCAACUGUGGAUAAAGUUGAUGGAUGUAUACACAUGACGUGUGUGUGUAAACUGGAGUUUUGCUACAUCUGUGGAGGAACAUGGAACGAAGUACAUUGGAGUUGCCAAGAGUAGUUAAUGAUAUUGAAUGCUGGAUAGUAUUUAUCAGAAUUUUGCCAUGAAUAUUGUGUUUACAUUGCUUAAUAUCACUAUAUGUUGUAUAAUUGGUACUAAGGUGUCGUUGAUUUGGUCUACUGUUCAAGUUGUUGUAUUACUCCUUUUAAAUUGUACGUACUUCUCCAGCUUUAGAAUUGAACCUUGCAUAUUGGAUGAUGUGCUAAUAAGAUUUUUGAAUUGGAUGUGUGUU